AACUUCGUCUUCGUCUUCGUCUUCGUCUUUCGUUAAACUUCGGAGAUCGUCGCUCAUGGAGGUGGAAGUCCUCGGAGGUCCUUCUGAGAUCCUGCGGCCGGCGCUGGAGGAGAUACCCUGCGGAGGUGACUCGAGGGAGGAAAUGGAACGCGCGAGGAGAGACACGGAGGAAAACGAAGUCGAAUUCCCGCGCGGUGACGUCACGGAAUCCGGUCCGGGAGGCGGACUGCACGAACGCCGGCCAUCCUCCUGUGACGUCACGAACCCCGGGUCGACGGAGGAUGUACCAGAGCGCCCUUUGACCCUCGCGGGCGUGAUGGUGCCCACUCUCACUGGCAUCGUCGUCAUAACCCUCCUGGUGGCCUUCUCCCAACAGGUGGCCUACGUCUUCGUCGCCAUCGUCAGCUUCAUCUUCGUCAUCAUCUAUUCCCUCCUGGCAGCUGUGUUUUUCCUCGCCGUUUAUGCCUUCUGGAUUUUCUUCAUCUUAUUGCGCUUCAUGCUGUCCUUCUCCAUCUUCUUGGUCAUCAUGGCUCCCGCGAUUUUCAUCCUGUCUCCAAUGUUUUUCAGAGAUUCGUCCGCUAAACCUGUCUAAUAACUGUCAAACAAUUGGCAACAGUUUGCUCGUUCCACCGCCAUUGUGCUUAUUGAUAAAAUUGAUUAUUUUACUCAUUAUAGGCACACACACACACACACACACACACACACACACACACACACACACACACACA